AUGGAUUUUCAAAAGUAAGUCCCCGGAAGUGGAGAACUGGAGACUCGGUCUCAAAACUCACAAGUCAAUACAGGAAAAUGGUGUCCAACGUGUUAACUGGUGCAAGCCCGUCUACGAAAUCUCUUUAUUUGGCCGCUGCAAUGCAUGCAGCAGCGAUCGAGCUCUCACUAGUCAAUACCAAGCUCCUCUUGGAUCAUGUCGAUCCGGAUCUGGAUCCUGAUCUACUCACUGCUGCUCUUUGUACCCCAGGCUGCCUCAUCGCUUUCAUUCCGCUUCAACCUCUCGGACCCCGCCGUGGUCGAUCCAUGCAGAGGAUCAGAGCUCACCUGCGACGGCGACGCGUUCCAAAUCCCCAUGCUGGGCUCGCCGCCUCGCACCUUCAGCACGGGCCGGGUGUCGUACCGUUGGCCCGUGCCGUUGUGGAACCGCGACACCGGCGAGCUCGCCAGCUUCGCCACCACCUUCACCUUCAGGAUGUACGCCACAAACGCAAGCACGGUGGGGAAAGACUGGGCGGGCAUCGCCGCUGACGGCAUGGCCUUCUUCCUGGGUCACUACCCGUCGCGCAUCCCCGACGGCAGCUGGGGCUCAAACCUGGGCCUGCUGAGCAGAGACAACAACGUGGCCGCGGCGGGCGACGCGAGAAUCGUGGCCGUCGAGUUCGACACGUUCGGGAACACUAACACCACGGACACCACGGACCGCCCCCACAUGGGCAUCGACGUCAACUCCAUCAUCUCCGUGGCCUACACCAACGUAGGCAGCGGCCUGUCGGGCGGCGGCGUACUGCUGUCCGCCAAGAUCACCUAUGACAACGCCACCAAAUUGCUCGCCGCGAAUCUCACCAUGGACGGCGGCGUCACCUGGUACAAAGUCAGCGCCGCCAUCGACCUGCGAAGCAGCUUGCCGGAGGAGGUCGCGGUGGGUUUCUCCGCGGCUACCGGCUUGGGCGUCCAGGUAAACGAGAUACUGUCUUGGACGUUCGAUUCCACUUCUCCGUCGGUAUCUCGUCGGCGCCGCGGCGGCAGAGUACUGCUGCUUGUCGCCGUGCUAGUCCCUGUGCUCUUUGCCACGGCGGCCAUCGCACUAUGCUGUGCCUUGCUGGGCUUCCGUCCAUGGCGGCGUCACACAAGGUCACCUGCUUUCGGUGGUACUGGUAAUGGGCCGGCCGAGGAAGAAAGAGAUCUAGAAUUCGCCGGCGAGCAUGGAGCUGACGAGUUCGAGAAAGGAGUGCUGCUGAGUCAACCGAAACGAUACAGUUACAGGCGGCUGGCCGACGCGACGGACAACUUCGCGGAGGAGAACAAGCUCGGUCGAGGGGGUUUCGGGAGCGUGUACAGGGGUAGGCUUUCUGAUCAAGAUGGGGUGGCGGUGGCGAUCAAGAUUCUGUCGUCGGAGUCGUCCUCUCAAGGGAGGAAGGAAUUCGAGGCCGAGGUGAAGAUCAUAAGCCAGAUAAGGCAUCGGAACCUUGUGCGCUUGCUGGGCUGGUGCGACAGCGAAGAGGGGCUCUUGCUUGUUUACGAGCUGGUCACAGAAGGCGGCCUCGACAGACACAUCCAUGGAACUGCCAGUUGCUUAACUUGGCCCGAGAGGUACAAUAUCAUUCAUGGGUUGGGAUCGGCACUGCGCUAUCUACACGAGGAGGUUGAGCAACACGUGGUACAUGGCGACAUCAAACCAAGCAACAUCAUGCUAGACUCUUGUUACAAUGCCAAGUUGGGGGACUUUGGACUGGCGAGGCUCAUCGAUCCUAUCGCAGGUCCGCACACGACCAGCAUCAUCCGUGGGACCAUGGGGUACAUCGAUCCGGAGCUCAUCGACACGAAACGGCCAAGCAUCGAGUCAGACGUCUAAAGCUUUGGCGUGGUUCUACUGGAGAUCAUCUCUGGGCGAAGACCGUUGGUGUUGGAGAAGAAGGCGUUGAGACCGCAGCCAGAUGCAGAAGCCUGGACGAUGCUGCUAAAAUGGGUCUGGAGUCUGUAUGGGUCAAACUCCCUUCUUGAUGCAGUCGAUGACAGGUUGAUGGGCGCCACCGUCAAGCUAGAAGACGAGAUGCAGAUGGAACGCGUGCUGGUAGUCGGGCUAUGGUGCACACAGCCCAGUCGUACCGAGCGGCCCUCCAUCGGGCAGGCCAUGCAUGCCCUUAACUCCGUUGAUGCGCCGUUGCCACCACUUCAACAGCCGCAGCCCACGGGUGCACAAUGACCCGCCGAAUGCCUAUAGCCUCCUAUCGACCAAGAACUCUUAACAUCGUCGUGCACGCUACCAGAGUUCCAAGUUAGAAUCCAAUAUAUGUCGUUCACUCUUUUUCGCUGUAGGGAUCAAUUCGUUCCCAAGUACCCAAAAUUAUUUUUAAAAAAUCAUGUUUUGAAAAAUUGGAUCACUCUGUUUCUCGA